GCGCCGCCGCCCUCGCGCCAGUUUGAGGCGCCUUUGGCGCGGAAUCGCUCGGGACGACGACGACGACGAGGAGGAGGAGGAGGAGGAGACGGCGGCCAUGGCGGCCCCGCGCCAACCCCGCGACCCGCUCUCCCUCCCCGCCGGUCCCGACGCCGGGGGUUUCGCGGCUUCGCGUUCCCGGCGGGAGAAGAGGUCGGCGAGAGGGCGCCGGGAAGCCCUGGAGAGACUGAAGAAGGCCAAGGCUGGGGAGAAGUUGAAAUACGAGGUGGAGGAGUUGACGAGCGUCUACGACGAGGUGGACGAGGACCAGUACUCCCGGAUGGUCCAGGCCCGCCAGGACGACGACUGGAUCGUGGACGACGAUGGGAUCGGCUACGUGGAGGACGGCCGGGAGAUCUUCGACGAGGAGCUGGAGGACGACGCCCCGGAUUCCAGAAAGGGGCAGAAGGCCGUCCCCAAGGAGAGAGAGAACGCGAAGAAGCCCGCCGUGUCGAAGCCCAACGAUAUCAAGUCCAUGUUCGUAGCCAGCGCGGGCAAGAGAGCGUCCGACAAAGCUGUAGACCUGUCCAAGGAUGAUUUGCUGGGCGACAUUCUCCAAGACCUCAACGCGGAGGUUCCUCGGCCGACCCCUCCGCCCGUCGUGGCGUUGAAGAAGAAGAGACCCGCCGGAGCGUCGCCGAAUCCGUCCUCGGCGCUCCCGUCCGAGGCGGCCCCUCCGGUGAGAGGCGCCCCCCCCGUCCCGAGAAGGGAGAUUCCUCCCCGGCCGGUUCACUCCCGACCCGCGGUGGGGCGAGACGGCGUCGGCGGCGUUCCCGAGGAGGUCAGCGGAGAGGACCGCGGCGCAGGGGAGCGGGCGGCCCCGGAGCAGCCGGCCGAGGAACGGAACGCGAUGGACCUGGACGCCGGGGGCUUCGACGGACCCACGGAAGCCGAGGAGACGGAGGCCGGGGCCGAGGCGCCCGAGACCCGACGGGGAGAGGGAGGCCGGCCGGCCGGAGGGGCGGCCCCCGCCGGCCCGCGCUCGGGCGCCGACCCGCCGGACGUCUCCUGCUGGGACGAGAUGGAGCCGGGCGACGGCGGGCCGCCGGCGGCCGAGGUCCGGGCGGGCUGCGCCGGCCUCCCGCUGGCCGUGGGGGCGGACGGCGACCCGGUCUUCCAGUUCUACUGGCUGGACGCCUACGAGGACCAGCACAACCAACCGGGUGUGGUGUUUCUGUUCGGCAAGGUGUGGAUCGAGGCGGCGGGCGCUCACGUCAGCUGUUGCGUGACGGUGAAGAACAUCGAGCGAACGCUCUAUCUCCUGCCCCGUGAAAAGCAAGUGGAUCUCGCCACCGGGAGAGACACCGCGGAUCCGGUUACCAUGAAAGACGUCUACGAGGAAUUCGACGAGAAAGUCGCGGUCAGAUAUAAGAUCAUGAAGUUCAAAUCCAGGAAAGUCGAGAAGAACUACGCCUUCGAGAUUCCCGACGUUCCGGCCAGGUCCGACUAUCUGGAAGUGAGAUACUCGGCCGAGCUCCCUCAACUGCCCCAGGACCUGCAGGGAGAGACCUUUUCCCGCGUGUUCGGCACCAACACGUCCGGCCUGGAACUCUUCCUCACGAGCAGGAAGAUCAAAGGCCCCUGCUGGCUGGAAGUCAGGAAUCCCCAGCCGUCGAAUCCGCCGGUCAGUUGGUGCAGGGCGGAGGCCGCGGCGCCGAGGCCGGACGCGCUGAGCGUGGUCAGGGACGCGGCCCCGCCGCCUCUCGUCGUCAUGUCGCUCAGCCUGAGGACCGUGCCCAACGCCAAGACCCACCGGCACGAGGUGAUGGCCGUGGCCGGUCUGGUUCACCACGGCUUCCCUCUGGAUAAAGCCCCUCCGCAGCCUCCCUUCCAGUCGCAUUUCUGCGCCGUCUCCAAGCCCGACGACUGCGUCUUCCCGUACGACUUCAGAGAAGCCAUCGACGGCAAGAAGGCGAAGAUCGAGGUGGCCGCCACGGAGAGGACGCUGCUGGGUUUCUUCCUGGCCAAGGUUCACAAAAUCGACCCGGAUGUCAUCGUGGGUCACGGCAUCUACGGAUUCGAUCUGGAGGUGCUGCUGCAGAGGAUCGGCGCCUGCAGGGUCCCCCACUGGUCGAAGAUCGGGCGACUGAAGAGGUCCGCCGUGCCGAAGCUCGGGGGCCGAGGGGGUUUCGCGGAAAGGACGGCGGCCUGCGGCCGGCUGAUCUGCGACGUGGAGGUCUCCGCCAGGGAGCUGAUCCGCUGCAAAAGCUAUCACCUGUCCGAGCUGGUCCGGCAGGUCCUCAAAACGGAGAGGGUCGCCAUCCCGCCCGAAAACCUGCGGAACCUCUACGGCGAUUCCCCGCACCUGCUCUACCUGCUGGAGAACGCCUGGAAAGACGCCAGGUUCGUCCUGCAGAUCAUGUGCGAGCUGAACGUCCUUCCGUUAGCGCUGCAGAUCACCAACAUCGCGGGGAACGUCAUGUCGAGGACCCUGAUGGGAGGGCGCUCGGAGCGCAACGAGUUCCUGCUGCUCCACGCCUUCUACGAGAACAACUACGUCGUGCCCGACAGACGGACUUUCCGCAAGCCCCAGCGGCGACCGGGGGACGGAGAGGAAGACGUCGAAGGCGAUCCCGGCCAGCCCGGAAAGGGACGUAAGAAAGCGGCCUACGCCGGCGGCCUGGUCUUGGAUCCCAAAGUGGGCUUCUACGACAAGUUCGUCUUGCUCCUCGACUUCAACAGCCUGUACCCCUCCAUCAUCCAGGAGUUCAACAUCUGCUUCACCACGGUGCAGAGGGUCGCCGCCGAGGACGGGGACCCGGAAGAGGUCCCGGAGCUACCGGAUCCGGAUCUCGAGAUGGGCAUUCUGCCCCGGGAGAUCAGGAAGCUGGUCGAGAGGAGGCGGCAAGUCAAGCAGCUGAUGAAGCGGCAGGAUUUGAACCCGGACCUCCUCUUACAGUACGACAUCCGGCAGAAGGCCCUGAAGCUGACGGCCAACAGCAUGUACGGCUGCCUGGGGUUCCCCUACGGCCGGUUCUACGCCAAGCCCCUGGCCGCCCUGGUGACCUACAAAGGGAGAGAGAUUCUGAUGCGCACCAAGGAGUUGGUGCAGAAGAUGAAUCUGGAAGUGAUCUACGGGGACACCGACUCCAUCAUGAUCAACACCAACAGCGCCGACCUCGACGAGGUUUUCAAACUGGGAAAUAAGGUGAAGAGCGAGGUGAACCGGCUGUACAGGCGGCUGGAGAUCGACGUCGACGGCGUGUUCAAGUCCCUCCUCCUGCUGAAGAAGAAGAAGUACGCCGCCCUGGUGGUGGAGCCGACCGCCGACGGCCGGUACGCCACCAGGCGGGAGCUGAAGGGCCUGGACGUCGUCCGCCGCGACUGGUGCGACCUCGCCAAGGACGCCGGCAAUCUCAACGGGGCCCUCCCGGGCCCGGGAGAGCCUCCCGCCGCCGCCGGCGCGCGCGUAGCGGAGACGUGCAGCGGGACCCGAGAGGACGUCGUAACGACGCCCCGCGGAAGCGACCGCUUCGGAAACGGAGCGUCCUCCGGCGGGUCUGCCCCGGGGGGAUUGACGCGGCGUGCCCGUGUCACUCCCAGAGCCGCCUCUCGCGAAGAGACGGGUCGUUCCUUGGCACGCGGCGCGCCUCCGGUCCCCGUAAAAGCUGCCCUCCCGGAGAUGUCUGUUCUUUCCGGAGCGCGCCCUCGCGGGGGACGGGGCCCCGCGGGCCGCGCCUUGCCGACCUCGAGCGUUCCUGUCGUCGUCUCUCCUCGUCUAGGCCUGGACCCCUCCCAGUUCCGAGCCCAACGUUACCGUCGAGACGAAGGGGGCGACGUCCCGAUCGGCGGCCCGGCUCAGCUCACGGACGAAGAGAGAUACAAGGACUGUGACCGAUUCAGAUUUCCCUGUCCGAACUGCGGGACCGAGAACGUCUACGACGGGGUCUUCGACGGUUCGGGAUUUCAAAUGCAGCCCAGCCUGGAGCGUUGCGGUAACCCGGCUUGCGACGUCUCCACCCUGACCUUCACCACCCAGUUGAUCAACAGACUGAUCCUGGACGUGAGACGUCACAUCCGAAAGUACUACGGCGGCUGGUUGAUCUGCGAGGAGCCGACGUGUCAGCACCGAACCCGCCGCGUCCCCGUCCAGUUCUCGCGGAGCGGCCCCGUCUGCCCGGCCUGCCGGAAGGCCACGCUGAAGCAGGAGUAUUCCGACAAGGCCCUGUACACCCAGCUGUGCUUUUACCGGUUCAUUUUUGACGUGGACUAUGCCCAGGAGAAACUUAUUACCGAGCAGGAGAAAGAGAGAUUUCAGAAGUACCCCAAGGAGGUGAGCGCGGAAUACCGGAGGAUCAAGAGCGCCGUGGACAAGUUCCUGAGCCGGAGCGGCUACUCGGAAGUGAACCUGGGGAAGCUGUUCGCCGACUGCACGCUGAAGCCCCCGAAGGAGGCCUAGUCCGGGCCGUGGCCACCAGGUCCCCGCGGCGCCCGCUUCGAGACCAGUCCCGCCGAGGGGACGGACGGACCGUUCAUUUUUAUCGAAGAUCGUUCUAGAGAAAGCCCCC